GUUUUGACACAACUGGCAUUUUAUAGAAAAAUUAUGACAACUUUGAUAUGAAAGUGAAUAACUCUCAAAUACCACCAAAUUGGUGUCAGAUAUAUUUAGAAUACUUGUAUUUAAGGCAUAGUAAGGAUAAAAUACGGAAAUCCAAAUAAUAAAAUGUAAAUAAUUUGAAUUUGGCGGUAUGAUUUAGGUUGGCAGUAUUUUAGUAACAUCCAUGGUCUUGUUGGUUUCUUAUUAUAAAUCAUUCUGGAAAAAGUCACGUUUUCUAAAACCAUUAAAAAGUAUUUAACUAAGAGUGUAAUUGUGUAAAAAAUCUAUACAAAAUGAUGCAACCACAAAUCUUGCUUUUAAAAGAAGGAACAGACUCCUCACAGGGAAAACCACAACUUAUAUCGAAUAUAAACGCUUGUCAGUCAGUUGUAGAUGCUGUACGAACGACCUUAGGUCCAAGGGGGUUAGAUAAGUUAAUUGUUGAUAACCGCGGUAAAGCCACAAUUUCUAACGAUGGGGCGACAAUAAUGAAAUUGUUGGAUAUCGUACACCCAGGUGCUAAGACUUUGGUUGACAUAGCUAAAUCGCAAGAUGCUGAGGUUGGGGACGGUACAACAAGUGUGGUUUUGCUAGCGGGGGAGUACUUAAAGCAAAUCAAACCGUACGCUGAGGAAGGCGUGCACCCCAGAAUAAUCAUAAAAGCUGUCAGGCAGUCGUUGCAAUUGUGCCUUGAAAAGAUAAAUGAGCUCUCGAUCAAAAUAAACAAGGCGAACCCGGAGGAGUUCCGUUCUUUGCUGGAGAAGUGCGCCGCGACGGCUAUGAGCUCGAAACUGAUCAACCAGCAGCGUGAUUUCUUCUCGAAGAUGGUUGUGGAUGCCGUUCUGCUCCUCGACACACUUCUACCCUUAAACAUGAUUGGUAUUAAGAAAGUUCAGGGCGGGGGUCUGGAAGAGUCCCUGCUCGUCGCCGGGGUGGCUUUCAAGAAAACCUUCUCCUAUGCCGGGUUUGAGAUGCAACCCAAAGUCUACAAGAACUGCAAAAUCGCCUUGUUGAACAUCGAGUUGGAACUGAAAGCUGAACGCGACAACGCCGAAAUCAGAGUCGAUAACGUUCGGGAAUACCAGAAAAUUGUCGACGCCGAAUGGAAUAUUCUGUAUGAAAAGUUAAGAAAAGUCCACGAAUCGGGCGCCAAUGUGGUUCUUUCCAAACUCCCUAUUGGCGACGUUGCAACGCAGUACUUCGCAGAUAGGGACAUGUUCUGCGCGGGCCGCGUCCCCGACGAAGACAUGAAGCGCACGCUGAAGGCGUGCGGCGGCGCCGUGAUGACGACCGCGCACGACCUCAAGGACGCCGUGCUCGGCCGGUGCGACCUGUUCGAGGAGCGCCAGAUCGGCGGCGAGCGCUUCAACUUCUUCAACGGCUGCCCGAACGCAAAGACGUGCACGCUGAUCCUGCGCGGCGGCGCCGAGCAGUUCCUCGAGGAGACCGAGCGCUCGCUGCACGACGCCAUCAUGAUCGUCCGAAGGACGAUCAAGAACGACGCGAUCGUCGCGGGCGGCGGCGCCAUCGAGAUGGAGCUGUCGAAGAUGCUGCGCGACCACUCGCGCACCAUCGCCGGCAAGGAGCAGCUGCUGAUCGGGGCGAUCGCCAAGUCGAUGGAGAUCAUCCCGAGGCAGCUGUGCGACAACGCCGGCUUCGACGCCACCAACAUCCUGAACAAGCUGAGGCAGAAGCACGCGCAGGGCCACUGCUGGUACGGCGUCGACAUCAGCAAGGAGGACGUCAGCGACAAUCUGGACGCUUGCGUGUGGGAACCCGCCAUUAUCAAGAUCAACGCGCUCACGGCGGCCACCGAGGCCACCUGCCUGAUUCUCUCCGUCGACGAGACCAUCAAAAAUCAAAAGGCGGGCGACGCACCUCAGAUGGGCCGCGGGAUGGGAAGGCCCAUGUAAUUCUUUUUACCACUGGCACUCACUUAAUUAACCUCAUCGAUCUUAUUUUUAUUUAUAACGAUUGUUGUGUUACCCUGUUCGAUUCACAGUUUCAUCUGCCCCACAUAAUUUUUCUAAUAAAGCUUUACCUACGUAAAAUAUCGUUUUAUUUAUGUUUUAUCUUGGUAUUUUUAUGUUUUAGAACAUAUCAAGU